UUUUAUAGAGUGCAAGUGGCGAUACAAUCUCCCGAGGGAAUCACCUCCACUAGGCUUAUACUUCGAAGAUUCAAUGAUUUCUUGGAGUUAUAUUCCUCAAUUAAAAAGGAGUUUGUGAAGAAAAGGUUACCCCUGCCACCACCAAAGAAGAGACUGAGGAUGAAAAACGAGACACUUUUGGAAGAAUUUAUUGCAGAGGAGGUGCGCUCUGGAAGAUUGGAUGAAUAGGCUUUUGACAGAUCUCGAUAUCUCAAGAAGCGCUCUGAUAGCAACGUUCCUUGAGCUAGAAGCUGCUGUCAGGUCUUAUUUCAAUGAUGAAUAUCAAGAAAAUGAAGAUAGCUCUGUUAACAGUCAGUUGCGUCUACCUGACACCAGUUCUGAUGCUCCUGGUAGUUCAUCAGUUACCAUGGAUCAUCUCAGUGACUCUCCUAAUGAGACAUCUGAUACCUCAACAAUGAAACAUGACGAAGCUAGUCUCAAAAAUAUUGCCUCAAGGAAUUCAACUUCUGAAGAUAAUGUGACUGAUUGGCAUGAACUAAUCACAGAAUCUGGACUUCUUGAUAAGAGUCAUUUUACUGAUAGAGCUGCAGAAACCGGAGAGGCAUCAAUAUCCCGGGAAUCUAACCAAGACUCCAUGGAGAGUCAUGAUGACGCUCAUGGAAACAGUUAUGGUGCUGAUACUGAAACAGGGAAGAAUGUGGCUAUUGUAUUUCAGUCUGAGGAGAGAAGUAAGUUAAAGAGGGUUGUUGAUACGUUAGAGCAGAGACUUGAAACAGCAAAAGCUGACACGGAAGAUCUUAUCUCACGGCUAAAUCAGGAGUUAGCUGUUCGACAAUUUUUGUCAACUAAGGUAAAAGAUUUAGAGGUUGAGCUUGAAACAACUCGAGAGAGCUGCAAGCAAGGGAUGGAGCAAACAGUUCUGAAAGAAAAGGAAAGAUUUACUCAAAUUCAAUGGGAUAUGGAGGAGCUUCGCAAGCAGUGCAUGGAGAUGGAAUCAUUGUUAAACUCUAUGAAGGACGAGAAAGAACAUAUUGAGACUACAAAUGAGUCACUUGUUCAAGAAAACGAAAUGUUGCUGCAGCAGAUGGAUGAUCUAAGAGACAAGUUUGAGAAUUUGCGUAAAGAGCAUGAAGAGCUGGAGGUGAAAUCGAAAGCAGAACUUAAGGUCCUUGUCAAAGAAGUCAAGUCUCUGCGGACCACUCAAUCAGAAUUGAGAGUAGAGCUUAGCCGCACAAUGAAAGAAAAGCUGGAGACGGAGAGAGUUAUUCAACGGGAGAAGGAUAGAGAAGAGACUGCGAAAACCGCAAACAAGAAGCUGAUGCAUGAGUAUGAUGUUCUACAGAACCGUCUUCAAGAGUGCAAUGUCAAGUUCCACAUGGAAGAUGAGAGUAAAUUAGUAAUGGAAUCAUCAUCUCCAUCCGAAGCGAUGGAUCUACUAGCAACAUCUGAUAACCGCAUAGGUCUUCUAAUUGCUGAGACACAGCUUCUUUCAGAAGAAGUGGAAACAACAACAGAAGAACACGGAGGAACAGGUGAUGUAGUGAGAAAGAUGCUAACAGAGGUUCUGAUUGAUAAUGCGAGAUUAAGGAAGCAGGUUAACUCUGUUCUUCGUUGCUCUUUGUCCGGACAUGGAGUAUCAGUCAGAGAAGCUAGAUCAGAACAAGAAGAAGAAGAAGAAGAAGAUCAAGAAGGGAGUGUUGAUCUGGCAAGUAGUGUUCUAAGCAAGAUCCUUGAGAAAUGAUUUUAUUAUCAGGUUUCUUUAUCUUGUAUACUUACUGUAAUCAAUAAAUCAUAUACAUGAGUUCAUCGUGUAAUACACUUUUUCAUUAUAUAUAUGAAGUCUUGUGAUACACUUUUGUUA